UGUAACAGCUUUGUAUAUUUCCCGCGCCUCAGUUUCAACCACUGCUGUCCGUCUCCACGCUUCGCCUUUGGCUGAUCUCGUUUGUCAGACAAAGAGAAAGGGAGAGAGCGAGUCGGUCCCGUCUUCAUUCAAUUAGGGUUAGGGCUUCUCGUCGGUUGUCUGUGCCGAGAAUUGUCUGCAUCCAAUGAUCAAUAGUCUCGGAAUCUAGUCCUCUGAGAGUAUUUUCGACCCGGAUCCGGCAAGAUGCAGGGCUCCGUUGGACCCACGCCGACGCCGGAGGCAAUCCUCGAGUGGCUUCAGAAAGAGAUGGGUUACCGGUACCUUGCGCCUCUCCCAUCGCCGGAAAACCUGCAGAAGAUCUGCAGGGGAAACAUGAUCCCUGUGUGGAGUUUCCUCCUGAGGCGGGUGAAGUCGGAAAAGACGGUGAGAAAUAUCCGAAGAAACAUCCUUGUCCACGGGAACGGUGGCAUUGACGCCGCAGCAAAGACCGAGGAGGGAAGGAGCAGGGGCAGGCGGCCCAAGGCGGGGCCGGGGACGGAGGCCGUGACGGAGAAUCGGGAGAGGGCGCUGAGGGAGAGGGAGCUGGCGGAGGAGGAGGUGGAGAGGCUCAGGCACAUCGUAAGGAGGCAGCGGAAAGAUGUUCAUGCUAGGAUGCUCGAGGUCGCAAGGGAGGAGGCGGAGAGGAAACGGAUGUUGGACGAAAGGGCAGGGUACAAGCACAGGCGGAUAAUGUUGGAAGCUUAUGAUCAACAAUGUGAAGAAGCUGUCAAGAUAUUUGCAGAAUACCAAAAGAACAUCCACCGUUAUGUUGGUCAGGCAAAGGAUGCUCACCGGAUCAAGAUAUCUGAUUCUCAGGAUGUUGUUGAUGAUACACACCCCGGUAGUGAGAAUGACACAGUAUUCUCCACCAUUAAAGGCAGCAAAGCCACAGAUGAUAUUCUUAUAGAAACAGCUCGAGAGAGAAAUAUACAGAAGGCCUGUGAAGUCCUUGCAGUUCAUAUGAUUCAAAAGAUCCGUAAUGUUUUUCCAGCUUAUGAGGGUACUGGUGUUCACACAAACCCCCAACUGGAAGUUUCCAGUUUGAGCAUGGAUUGUGAUGGAAAAAUACCAGACGACAUUAGGAACAUUGUAUUGCAUGAACUGAAAAGCCCAAUUCAGCUUCUCCAGACAAUGACCUCAUACACUUCAGGGAUGAAAACCUUCAUAAAUAAGGAAACAGAAAAAAUUGAUGUCCGGGCUGAUGCAGAACUGUUAAGAUACAAAUAUGAGAACAAUGGAGUGAUGGAUGCUGGAUCUCCUGAUUCAGUAUCACGCCUACACUAUCAAGUGUAUGGUAGCGGGAAAUUGGGGAUGGAUGUGUCGGCCAAAAGCACAUCUAAUCAAUUACUCGAGCGACAGAAAGCCCAUGUGCAGCAGUUUUUGGCUACGGAAGAUGCCCUAAACAAGGCUUCUGAAGCAAGGAGCUUGAGUGAAAAGCUGUUAAAGCGCCUUCAAGGAAGUGAUGAUGGAGUUUCCUUUCCUCCAUUUAAUGCGAGUGGUAGUUUACAGAACAUUGGCAGCUUGAGACAUCUUGAGUUGGAUGUCUGGGCCAAGGAAAGGGAAGCAGCUGGCCUGAGAGCAGGUUUGAAUACAUUGGCAUCUGAGGUCCAGCGUCUGCAAAAAUUGUGUUCUGAAUGGAAGGAAGCAGAGGAUUCCUUGAGAAAAAAAUGGAAAAAGGUUGAAGAAUUUGAUGCUCGUAGGUCAGAGCUUGAAGUGGUUUAUGCUUCCCUGCUUCGUACUAAUAUGGAUGCAGUUGCAUUUUGGAGUCAGCAGCCAAUAGCUGCAAGAAGAUAUGCCUUAAGUACCAUUAUUCCUGCAUGCACAACAGUUGCAGAAAAAUCUUCUAUUGCGAAGGAUCUAAUUGAAAAAGAGGUUUCUGCUUUUGGUGCAAGUCCAGAUAAUAGGCUUUACAUGUUACCUUCUACUCCACAGGCUCUCUUGGAGUCCAUGGGAGCUGCUGGAUCUGCAGGACCUGAAGUGCUUGCUGCUGCAGAAAAAAAUGCUGCUAUGUUGACUGCAAGGGCUGGUGCACGAGAUCAAUCUGCAAUUCCAUCUGUUUGUCGCGUUUCGGCUGCUCUUCAGUACCAUUCAGGCCUGGAAGGAUCAGAUUCUGGGUUAGCAUCUGUGCUGGAGUCACUUGAGUUCUGUUUGAAACUUCGGGGUUCUGAGGCUAGUGUGCUAGAGGACCUCUCAAAUGCAAUCAAUCGAGUCCACAUAUACCAGGAUCUUAUUAAUAGUGGGCGUUCAUUGCUCAAUCAUUCAUACAGGGCAAAACAAGAAUACGAGAGGACUACUAGUUUCUGUCUUACUUUAGCCUCUGAGCAAGAAAAGGCUGUGACAGAGAAAUGGAUACCAGAACUUAAGAAGGCAGUAUUGAAUGCUCAAAAAUGCUUGGAUGAUUGCAAACGUGUUAGAGGCUUGGUUGAUGAAUGGUGGGAUCAACCAGCUGCAACUGUAGUUGAUUGGAUAAGUGUAGAUGGCCAGAAUGUGGCUUCCUGGCUGAAUCAUGUUAAACAGCUUCAGAUGGCCUUUUAUGACAAGGAAUUAUUAUGAGCAGCUCCUCGUAGAUGUGCUUAUGUUUGAUUUAUAUAAGAUAUGGUCGACCCAAAUUCCAGAUCUGCUGUUUUGAUUUGUCGUGGACUGCUUGGCUGGAAGAAGAGGAUAAUUUGUUCCCUGAAUAAUGCUGAAGCUUAUGAGCACACGAUUAUGGAAAAUGAGUCAUGUUUUAGAUGCAGCAAGGGCAAGAUACCUAGUUCCUCCUCUUAUGGACGUGCUUACUUUAUUAAGACGGUAAGCAUCUUCAUUGUCGUUUGAAGUGAAAAUGUUAAUGGGUCAUGUGGCUCCUGUAUGAGUUUUCUACCCUGCAAGUUCUCUUGUUGGUAUAUUUUGGUCUCUUAUUUCGUGAUCAGCAGGCUCUUUUCCACAUGUAAUAUUUGCAUAUUCAACUGCAAAAUUGUUUCAUUGUAUAUCAAUCCAUUUUAUGCGAAUGAAAGAAAUCUCUCUCUCUC